AAUUUCCUUUUCCCGAUUUGAGCUCGAUUUCUUCUUAUUUUUCUUCUUCGAAUUCCCCAUCUCUAGCUAAAGAAAUGAGUAGUAAUUCUGUGAAUUCGAUUUCAAGUACUCAAUACGUAAGCCGUUGGGGAUGUGCGUUUCCAUCAAAGUGUCAUUGCGGAUUAGACGUGGUUAUCUAUACAUCGACGUCAGUAUAGAACCCUGGAAGACCAUACUUCCGUUGUCCUACGGGUAAAGAUGACCAUUUGUUUAAAUGGGCCGAAGAUGGUACAUACGAAGAGGUUGUAGACAGUUUGCCGAAAUUGUCCACCAUUGACAAUGAGAACAACGCAGCCAAAUCCGAGGUUGCAGUCGAGAUCGAAGCGUUACAAGUGAUGGUGAAAGAACUGAAGGAAGAAGGAAUAAGGAGCAAAAGGGAAAACUAGACAUCUAAAUUGAUGAUCAAACUUUGCUUUUUGUGUCUUGGCUUUGUUAUCAUUUUCAU